AUGGCUAAAGGUAGGAGAAUAGAAAAAAAGGAUUCGGUCGCCGUUCCAGUCCAAAAAGAUUCUCAAACUCGAUCCGAUGGUAAUCUUGCAGUCAGGACUGUAUGGUUAAUCAUCGCGUUCAGGGUGGUAAAUGCGUUCUUGAUCAAGACCUUUUUCCAACCUGACGAGUACUUCCAGUCAUGGGAGAAGGCUCAUAAUGAUGUUUUUGGCUAUGGCCAGGUUACUUGGGAGUGGAAGAGCAGCGUGCGCACCAGUCUCGUGCCUUUGGUGUUUGGCGGUUUGUUUCGGUUGGCCAACUUGCUCCACAUCAACUAUAUGGUGCCGGGUAAGGUAUUUUGCGGUUUAGUGGCUGCUACUGGUGAUAUCUACACCUACAAAUUGGCACUCAAGCUCACAAAAAGUCGCCAAGUGGCCCAGCUAGCUUUUUGGGCCUCGCUCGCUUCGGUGUUUAAUUUUUACGCUGGAACGCGGGCAUUUUCGAACACUUUUGAAAUGGCGCUCACAGCAGUUUCGCUGUAUUUGUGGCCAAUGACCGCCGACAACUUGCAAACCAACGGGGAUUUGUCACGCUUCGUCGGAACCCUGAUUUUGGCAAAUGUCACCGUGCUCCUGAGACCUACAAACGCUGCACUGUGGAUUAUAAUGUACCUCCAUCUGAUGUGGAUUCUUCGCAAAGACCUCAUCAAGAUUUUGGCGUUCAAUUGGGUCAGCUGCGUGAUGGUGCUUGUUCUGCAGGUUGCUGGAAACGGUCUAGAUAUGUUCUAUCACAAAUCGUGGAUCCCUCCCAUUGGAAUGUUCUUGUAUAUUAACGGUAUGGUUAAUGUAUCGUCUUUCUAUGGCGAGAUGCCGUGGUACUUUUAUUUUGUUUCGGGCUUCCCAAUGUUGUUGAUGGCCUUCUUACCAUUUGCAGCGUACGGACUGUACCGUUUGGGUCCAAAAUCUUUGAUUUUCAACAUUGUAUUGUCCCAGACAGCCAUCUUCAGCUUCGUGGCUCACAAGGAAGCCCGCUUCCUCUACUUUUUGCUCCCACUGUUGCACAUCGCAAUGGCGACAAAGGUCAACAAGAAGAUUAUGAAGAUUCUCACUUUGAUCAACAUCCCAAUUGCCCUCUACCUGUCAUUUUUCCACCAACGCGGUGUUAUCAGUGUGGUCAACUAUAUUAGUGGCAACAAGGAUAUUGUCAAGGCCUCUUUCUUGAUGCCCUGUCACUCGACGCCGAUGCAUGCCCAUAUUCACCGCGACGAUCUUCGUGAUCAUAUUACCUCGUUGUCGUGCGAGCCUGUGAUUCCCUUGGGUUUGUUUUCCGUCCCGAAUGGACAAUACGACGAUGAGGCUGAUCUGUUUUACCAGAACCCGGUGGAGUUUUUGCAGGCAAAUCCUCGUUUCUUGGCCCCUCAUAUUGUAUUUUUCGAAGCGCUCAGACCCACUAUUCAACCGCUUUUGGAAGUUUAUGGCUACACCCUUGAAAAAAGUUUCUUCAAUUCCCAUUUCCACGAAGACAAGCGCCGUCGCGGCGAUGUUCUAGUCUAUUCUCGCCCCCUUACAACCGCUGAUUUGAUGGGAUAUAGCGAUUAUGACGAGGAUGUUAUUUUUGAGAAUGUAGAUGGGUAUUUGAGUUAG